UCCACGGCGAUUUUUCUUUUCCCUUCCCUGAAGUGCCCAACCUCUGCAAAAAAUGUCUGAAUAUACCUCCAUUGUGCAUAUAAACCAAAAUCAGAAAGGUUCAGAAAAUAAAUACCAAAAUUGCUAUGUAGAUCUCUGAAAGACUAUCGACACAAAUGAUGUUGGGUUAAUCUAUAGAAAGUCUACUACGAUGUGGAAAAGUUUUGAUUCUCGUUUUUACACUCUAUGCAGAGCUUGUACACUGAAAGCGAGCUGGGAUAGUUGGAGAUGAGAUUUGGGAAAGGUGUGAGGACAACUGUGCUCUCACAUGCAUCAAGUGUGGUACUCUAGUGUAUGUGCCUUUCUCAAGAAUGACACAACUUGGAACUCGCUAGAAAAGCAGAACAACAAAGAGAAGAAGAGAGAGACAGAGAAGCAAGCAUGACAGGAAUAUGCAAAAUGAAGGAGAGCUAAAGAAUGGAAAGGCUGAUAUGUACAGAGGAGGAUCGUCCUAUCGUAACAAAAGGACUUUUAAGGAAGGAGAUUUACACACUUCAUAGAUCGAUAUUCUUAAACGGGUUACCCCAGAGCUGGAACCGGACUGGCAAACCGGUAACGGACCGACCGGUAUACCGGUCCGAUAUGAUUUUCAAACUAGGGGUGUCAUUUACCUGUUAAUUUAAAAAUAAAUUAAAUUUCUAACAAUUAAAUUUAUUUUUCAAUUAAAUUAUGCGCAAGUUAAUUUAUGCAUAAAUUAAAUUAAAAACAAAUUUAAAUUGACACCCCUAUUUCAAACCGGCCGGUAUAGAUCGGUUUUUGCCAGUUUACGCUCGAAAAAAGUUUCGUUUUUUGACGCGAGUUUUAAGCAUUUUUAAUGCUUCUUCAGCAAAAAGAAUAUAUUUUGGCUUGCAGUCUCUAAAUUCAAAUUUUGUACUUCGACGUCUUCUGCUACUCACAACGACAAACGUCGUUUCUUUUACAUUUCUGGAAGUAGAACGAAGUCCUGAAAAACCUUUCUCUUCAUUAUUUCUGAAAGUUCACGACUGGACGUAACCCAAUGUACUGUUAAAGGCAGAAGCAAGAAAACAAAGGAAUGUUGCACUUGAAUAUUCUCCCUGCUGAUGUGAGCAAAGAAAUUUCAAAGCUUUCUUGUUACUGCAUCAGAAUUGCUCAAGUUUGAAAAAAAGAAUCGAACUUAUCUAACUAAACUGUAUAACAGAUUUCACUACAACUUCAAACUAGACAAAGUUUUGUAACGAUUGUUCAUUCCACGCUUCAUUAAAAAACCGAACAAAACUCGAUCAGUUUUUCGCCGGUUUGAAGUAGUUUAUAAUACGAACGGUCCGAUACCAGUUUAAAAUUCAAAGCGGUCGGUACGGACCAGUUUGGAAAUUUCAUACCGGUUUCAGCUCUUAGUCACCCACACGCGACUCGCUGCAGAAGUUAGUCUAAAUAAUCUUGUAAAAUUCUUCGCAUAAGACGGCCUCAGUGGUAGCGACUGCUCUAUGAAUAAAGAGUAAGUACAGUACAAUAGCCAAAGGUCAUUUGCGGCUACUUGGACCCAAAUAGACAUUAGGGCGUAGUUAUUUCCUGCAGCAUGAGAAAGUUCGAACGGGGAGUAAUAUUGGCUAUGAAAUACUAUCGUUGAAAAAUCAAGGAAAGGAAUGAGCUUUGGCUAUUGUACUCUACCCAUUAUGUCCUGAUGGAGCAGCUAUUCUCCCGGAAAACAAUAGCAAUUCAGAUUCCUUCUUACGUGCAGAUUUUUAUACGAUGAUUUUCAUGGUCACUUUCACAGCAAUCCCUGUGUGGGUGUUAUGUCUGGUGAUGUCGACCUACUAAGUACAUAAACUCUCCUUUCCCUCGAAGCAGAAACUCUUCGCCAACUGUCUAGCUCUUUUCCUGUAUACUAGCGCUACAUAAUAUCGAAAUUGGAAAAUACAACUUUUCCACGUAUGUAGUAGACUUUUCAUGGUAUGGAAUUACCCUGUUAUCAUUUGCUUUAAGCCGAGAAUUCAGAAUGCCUGGAAUAAUUCCAGCGAUUUGAAACCACCGGUCGACGCUACAUUUAAACAAAAUAUCAAAUUUGAGUUCUACAUCUAACAGUCUUUGUAGGGUCUUAUUCAUAAUUACUAUUCUCCCUGAUAUUCAAAAACAGAAAGACUUUUCCAGAAAUUUCACCACAAUUGUUGUGCUCGUUUCGAAAGUAAAUUUUUUUCGGAAUAUCAAUGUGAAAUUUUCAAAAUCUUUCCAGAAUAUGGGAGGUUUUUAAGAAGCCACUUAAUUCUUCAUUAAGCUCACAAACUUUCACAUGAAAAUUACGGUUUCCUCUUUGUAUACCAGUUUUCAAACGAUAUCUUUACCGUACCCGGAACUUAUUAAAAUCCUGGUUCUAAAACAACACGGGGUUCAAGAGAGUUUUCUUAAUAAAACACUUACAUCAUUUUUCUCAGUUUUUGGAGCGCAAAGAGGUUAAAGAUCAACUGAACUACUUUCUUUACAAAGAUAAACUCACUCUCCAUUCUCAUUGACAGAGAAGCAGCCAAACUCGCAGCUGAAGAAGUUCAACGACUACAAACAGAACUCGACAACGCAUCUCGUGAUCUCAAAGCAAAAGAAGGCGAACUAAACAGAGAAAAUAUUGUGAAAGGUCAACUGGAAGAUGGACUUCGAGAUGAGAAGGCAAAAUUAGACAAGGCAGUCGCAGAAGUAAAGAGACUGACUCAAGAACUCGGCAGUGCAAAAGAGCAGCUGCAACGAGCUCUUGAUUUGCUCGAACAACUCAAAAAUGAAUUACAACGUGAAAAAGAACUGGAAAAUACCGCACAAAAGGCCUAUGAAGAUCAACAGAACAAAGUGAAUGAAGCGGAACGGAUGGCCAAACAACGAGAAACAGAAGAGAGUACGGCACAACGAGAACUUCAAGAAGCUCAGAGAGCUCAGUCCGAUGCUGAAGCAAAUUUGAGAGCCGAUGAAGCUCAAAUGAGAAGUCUUGAAAUGGUCCUUCGCAUGGCUCAGAUCGCAGCAACAGCCGCGGCAGUAGGCACUCUCGGUCUCGGAGUGGGUGCAGCAGCGACAGCAGUCGCAGCUGCCGAGACAGCCCUUCAGAUGUUUCGAAGUCAACUGGAAUCGAGCAAACAAGCGGUUCAACAGGCAAAAACGAGACAGGACCAAAAGAAGUUAGCGCACGACCAGGCAGUAAGAAAUAAAGAACAAGCUCACACUACUUUGAGGCAAGAACAACAAGUUCUUCAAACCCGUCAUAAUGAAUGGCAACAACAAAUACGAAAGAGAGAAGAUGCUGAACGAAGAACAUCUCAACAGGAAAAUGUGGUUGGUCGAGAGAGACAGAAAUGUGAUGAUCUCACUCAUCGUCUCACAGAAGCUACAGACACUCAGAAGAACAAAGAAGAACAAGUGAAAGGUGAAGAAGCCAAAGUGCAAACUCAAGUUGACCUCAUCAUCAAACUCACUGAAGAACAUCAAAAUUUACAAACUAGGCAAACCGAACAAAAGACACUACUUGACAAUGCAAAACAAGCUAAAGUCAAUGCCGAUCAACAGCAUACCACAGCUGUGAAUACCGAACAACAGACUAAUGCAACUUGUACAAAAAAGAAAACAGAACUGGCCACAAAAACUACACAACUCCAGCAGCAUGAAACGAAUUUAACCGCAAAGAAUGAUCAACUGAUCGAGAAAGAACAAGUAGCAAUCGCCGCUAAGAACAAACUGGCUGCCGUCGAAGAAGACAUUCGUAUGACACAGAAAAGUGUGGCAGAAUUGCAAGAAGAUCUUGGUAGAGAACAGAGUUUACUACGAGAUCAAAACAACGAAAUGGAUCGAGUGAAAGAAAAAUUGAGUGGUAUUAAGAAAAUGCUGGCCACCGCCCAAUCAAAUCGUGAACAAAUGGAAAAACAGCAAAAUGACCUCAAACAGAAGUUGAAGGCUCAGAAUCAAGCAGUGCUGGCAAAAGAAGCACAAGUGAUGAAUACUGAUAGUCAAGUGAAGAAUAAACGACAAAUGGCAGAAGCCAGUCAAACGAGCAAACAACAGCGAAGUGCACAGUGGAAUCGAGUACGUGGACUGAUUAAUGAUAAUGAAGCUCGUUUACGGGACAAUGAUACAGAAACACGAAACUUAACUGAGACGAUGAGAGAACAUAAAGCUGCGUUUCAUGCCCAAGAACGUCUUGUCGAUGAAAGUCGAACCAAACUAAACAAUCUCGAUACGCGACGUACUCCACUUCAGACACAAAUCAAUGAAAAACAAAGAGUAGCCAAUGGUCAUCGUGAUAAACAUCAACAGUUAACAAAUGACAUUCAACAGCGAAUAGCAACCAAAAAUACUACGGACAAAGAAGCUACGACACUACACUAUACGAGAGAAGAUAAAGCCAUUGCAGUUGCAUCUGCAGCUCGUGCAAUGGCUCAUCGAGAAAGCGAAAUAUCUCAAAUUAAGGAGAGGAACUUUAAUGCUACGACUUUCAGCGCACGACCAGUAUAUCGUUUAAAUCCUAACUAUGCCACUUCUCAAAACUAUGAACAGCACCAUUACCGUUGA